AUGGAAUUAAUAAAUCAAUCUAACAAUUCUUUAUCAACAGGGUUACAUACUGCUUGGCUUUUGGCAACAUUGGGUUCAAAACCUAGUAUUCGAUCUAAAUUAAUCAAAAAAUCAACAAUCAAUUAUCUUCUGAUUCCUGAAUUGUGUCAUGAAUUAUUAGCGUCAACUAAUUCAACCAUUAACGAUGCUCAAGAUAAAGAUGCCAUUAUAUAUGAACCACCUACUCCUGGCAAUAAUAUUCGAUAUGUUUCCAACAUUAUGCAUGGGAUUUCGAUUUUAUAUCGAACAAAAAUCAAUUAUUUGAUGAAUGAUUUGAUUUAUAUUGAAUCUCGUCUUAAAUGUCACUAUCAAAACAGUUACAAUGAUAUUGUUGAUUUAUCGUCAGGUUCGUUGAUUAAAACAUGUUUGGCACCUUCAAUGGCUAAAAAGCGGGCAAUCCAGUAUUUGAGUGAUGAUCCAGCAUUUAGUAUUCAAUUAGGAUUAGUGGCUCCCUUUACGGAAGAAACAGAUGAGAUAGCAAAGAGAAGGAAAUUAGAUAUUUUACGAAAAGAUAAUGAUGAUUUCCCGCUUGUUAAUGGUAAUGGUGGUGGUCUUGUUGAUCAAUUGAAUUUUCAUUCUAUGACAUUUACAUUACAUCCACAAUUGGAUAAUCUGUUUGAAGCUGAGGAUCAUUCAAGUUUGAAUAACGGUAAUAAUAUUGGACUUUCUACUGAUAGUGAAGUGAUUCCUGAUUUUGAGUUUGAUAAUAAUGGUGAUAUCGUUGGUAUUGCUGGUGAAAACUUAUUGUUAGACAGUAGAUCACCAACGAGGGAGUUGAUUCAUAAUGAACAAGCAGAUGCCUUGAAUGUUACAUUUGAUGGCAAUGAUGUACAUGAAGUAAAUCCAAUCCCACUUAAUCAAACUACUAGUAUUUCCAAUGAUUUAAAUUUUUAUACCACUACCGACACACCAUUGCCAAAUAGCACCCAACGACCUAUUCCUCAACAAACUUUAGGUAUGGAGAAAUUACCUUUCCGGAAAUUGCUCAUUGAUAAUCAUACCCGAAUUGAUAGUGAUUCAAUGAUUCACUUUGUAAUGAACUAUGAAUCAAGAAUGAAUACUGUUAUGGAACCAGUUAAAUCUGUGGAUGAGGUUGUAAAUAAUAUAUACGGUGUUGUUGAUGCUGCUCCACCGUUUACGAGAUUUGUUAAUAAGAUUACCUUACCCAAUGCAAACAACAAUAACCAUAACAAUAGUGUUGAACAAUCAUUUUUCACACGAACAGCUAGUAUUUUACAAAAAACAGAGGAAACAGGUAAUGAGAAUACUGAAGAAGGAAGAAAUACUAUGAAUAUAAGAAAUUACACUAUGGAGCCAGAGAUACCAGAUCCUAACAUGUAUUUCGAAGAUGGGAGCCAUUUUGAAUUGCCAAGAGAAUCGGAACAUAUUUUCAAUUUAGAAUUUGACUAUAAUGAUAUCAACGAUGUGGAAGAAGAUGAUUCAAUUGACGGAGCCAAUUCCAAAAAUGGGUCACAACAAAAUAGUAUGAGUUUUGAUGGUAGUGGUGAUAAUUUAAUGACCAUGGAUAGUAAAUUAAACAAAUUCUAUCGAUACAUAAAAGCCAGGUCAAAUGAAUUUGGGAAAUUGGUUGUUGGAACAUAUCUCAUAUCACAAGCAAUUAAUGAAAACAAUGUUGUGCUUACUGAACAUACUGGUGAUUACUACCAAACAAAAUUUCAAAUUCUUGUACCGGAUUCAACUCAUGCCUUGGACAUUGAUGAACCUCCUGUUCCAAGAAGAGUUGCUGCAAAUGCAUUUGCCUGUGUUUUGACUCUAGCAACAAAGAGUUUAAUUAAUAUUGAAGUAAUACAAGAAACAGAUGAGCUACAAAAUAACAAUGAUAUUAAUAUAAUUCUACCUUUGGAAUGA